ACUUGUCGCACACAUGGCCGAGUUGGAGCCUCACCAUGUGCACCUCGCACGGUUUGUGGGUGCACGAGUUGGGUUCAUCAUGAACUCCAAGCGCAUCUAUGUGGUGACGGAUAAUGCCUUUCUCGGUCUCGACGCCACAACUCGCACGUCCAAAGAGGUCUUCCCCUACGACGCCAUCGCGUCGGUCAAGCCAGCCGAGAACGACAUUCGCAUGGUCAAUUUCUCAGUCCGUUCGGGAAAGAAAGGCAAGGCAAAGUCAGAGUCAUUGGUUGUUGAGCCUGCCUGUCGCGCCCCGCUCCUCUCGGCGCUCCAUCUUGCUAUGACCGCUGCUCUCAACGCUGCGCCCAUUGCCGCCUUUGCCGCCUAUCGCCCGGCCGAUCCCCCGAUCGCCUCACGUGUCGAGAUCUACCCGGCCACGCUGUCCGUCGACGAGGCCUCGUUCCUCCUCCAUGACCUGACCCACGUUAUGGUCGUCGAUCCCGCGCCCGCCGAUGCACAGCAGGUCAUCCUAGCCUGGCGCGACGGUUCGCACUCCCGCCUCUUCUUCAACUCGGUCGACUCGCCCGUCCGCGACGCCUUUGUCUCCUCGCUCAUCUCCACCAUUGCCUCGCUUCUCGGACGAGCCCUCCCCGCUCCUUCUGUUCUCGACGUCGCCGCCGCCGACGAGCUCGUCUCCGAGCGCGCCCUCCGUGGCCUUGUCGCCCCAGCCAUCUUCUCGGCCUCGGCCCGCCUCCUCCCGCCGCCGCCGCCGCUCGACCCUGCUCCCGGUGAUCACAUCCUUGCCGUCCUCGACACCGACACUACCACGUCCUGCACCCUCCGCUUUUCGUCGGACACGCUGUACAUCCUCGACGCCGACGGCAUCGCCACCCUGCUCGGCUACCCGCUGGCCGAGCUGGAGAUCAUUAUCCUCCAUCUCGUUGGCAACGCUGAACUCCUUGCCCUCACUUUUGCCGGCCUCGAUCCGCUCUACAUCCACACCGCAUCCGCACGCUCUGUCGCCGGCAACGCCGUCCCGCUCGCUCUUGCCGCAGGCGCCCGCCUCGCUCUCCAUCUCGAGGUCUUCCCGCCCGCGCUUGUCCUUGAUCCGGGCACUCCCGACCACACCGCCGAGCUCGAGCCGCUCGUCCUCGCCCAGCUCUCGCUUGCACUCGAGAGCCGCAACACAUCGGCCGUCGCCCUCGCCGCCCGCGAGUACCUCGCCAACGUCCGCGCCGCCCGCGCCGUUGCCAAGGAAGCCAAGCGCAUCCUCCCGCGCAUUGCUUCUCUCCUUCUUGACGCCCUCCGGGUCUCCGCCACCAACGCCUCCCGCUCUCCCGCACAGGCUGCCGAACCCGAUCUCUUUGAUCCGGCCACACGCCUUGCCCUUGCCCAGGUGGUGGUCCAUGGCCUCGCCGCCCCGGCCGUCUUUACAGACGCUACUGAUGCCUCGUACCCGUACGUCGCCCUCGCCUGGGACGCCCUCGUCUCUGCCGAUCUCUACAUGGUCUUUGCCGGUGCCUCGCUCCUCUACGCCCUCACCCACCAGGCUUUCCCACACAAAUCGCCCAAGUACGAGCGCGCCAACCGCGCAGCCGUCUUUGCGCACCCGGCGCGGCUACCACCUUUGUCUCGGUCCUCGCCAACCUCGUCUCGCCCGACAUGCCACCGGCUCCACUCGUAGACGCCAUCCUCGCUCUCCUCGCCUCGAUCCUCGCCUCGCUCCUCGCCUCGCCGCGCGCUGUUGCCACCCCGGAUCCUGUCGCCUCUGCCCUCGUUGCCGCUCUCUACCAGCGCACCGGUGCCCUCCUCCAGCUCGCCCGGGUCGAUGCUGUCGGCGUUCAGCGCCACGCUGUCAACAUCCUCCGCGCCGUCCUCGAGUCGCUCCCGCCCGAGACCUUCCGCGCCGUCCAAGACAAGGCCCGCAACGCUGCCCAGCUGCUGUUCUUUGUUUCCCUGGCCGCCGGCAGUCCGGAUCCUCCGCUUCGUAUCGGCGCCAUCCUCCUCGUCACCCUCCUCGUCGAGGGCAACCCGUCGUCGGUCGAGCUCAUGGAGCGCGUCUUCCCCAAGCCGCUCGUCCUCCGCAUGCUGCAGCUCUCCGAGAACCCGACAGCCCUCACCCGGCCGCUCGCUCACACGCGCUGUGUUCCGCUCUGGCGCAAGCCGGCGGCAUAUCCGCCCGAUCCCUCGCCCAUGCCCGUCCCGCCGGCCUGCCAGACCCGUCUCUGGUCGCUGCUCUUCGACAUGCUCUCGGUCGACUUUUUCGAGCCGACCUUUAUCUGGGACGCACGCACCCGUGCCGAGCUCAACGACAAGCUCAUCUCCGAGCUCGACACCUUUACCCGCUGGCGCGCCUGGCGCGCUUCGGCCCUCGAGCUCAGUCAAGCUCAUGACGCCUCGGCUGCUACCGCGCCGCUCCACGACGACAGCCCGGUUGCUGGAACUUCCCAUCCGCGCCCGGCCGGCCACGCCCGCGCCAUCCCGCCGCUUCGCUGGAACCACGAAGAGUUUGAGGUUGUCUACGACUCGCUCGCCGGCGAGCUCCGCGUCGGCCAGUUCUACCUUGACGCCAUCCUUGCCCGCGUCCCCGAGGUCAAGCUCGCCCAGCCGGGCGUCUUUGUCGAGGAGAUGGCCCACCAUCUCACCUUUUGCACCGACGUCGCCAUCCGCUGCCGCAUCUUGCAGGCUCUCAAGUGGGCCUACGGUGAGUACAUGCCGGUCCUCGGCGCCUACCGCUACAUGGAGCCGGUCGUCAUGCACCUCCGCGCCCUCGACCAGCCGCUCGUCCGCGAGUGCCUCCUCUCGUUCCUCGCGCAGGCCUUUGUCCUCCGCGACAACAUCAAGAGCUUUGUCGCCGCCGGGGGCCUCGACCCGCUCAUGGCCCAUCUUGCCACUGUCCACUCGGGCGAUCCAGCUGCGCUCACCGUCGGCAUCUCGAUCCUUGAGCUUCUCAUUCUGGCCGCCUCGCUGGUCCCGUCGCUCGAUGCCCACGGCCGCCUCCUUGUCCCGCCGCCUCGGGUCCGCACCGCCCUCGCUGCCCCCAACUACCUCGCGGCUAUUGCCCAGUGUCUCCUCGUUGGCGACUCGGAGCUCAGCUCGCGCGCCAUCCUCCUCAUCGACCUCCUUGUCCGCGACUCUGAGUCGCUCCUCUACGACGUCGGCUCCAUCGGCAUCGAGCCCAUGCUCCUCCUCCAUCCGCUUCACAUGGGCCAGCCCGGCGCCAACCUCCUCGCCCGCCUUGUUGCCGCCGGCGUCGACGCCACCGUCCGCCGCCUUCUACCGGAUGGUAUGGUCGCCCUCCUCUGCGCCGCGCCGUCGACGCCCAUGGCCAUCCGCUCCGGUGACACCCCGUUUUAUGAUGCCCUCGUCGGCGACGUCGACGCCCCGCGCGUCAUGUGGGGGCCCGCCGAGCGGGAACUGCUCACCGCAGCCUGCGCCGAGCACCUCGCCCCGCUCGUCACCGCCCUCGGCCAGGACCCGCUCGCCAAGUACCUCGACGUCGUCCCGUCCACCGUCCCGGACCAGGUCACCUACCCGCGCCUCGAUGCCGAGCUCGUCGUCCGUGGCGUCUUUGUCCGCAACAUGGCCGACGCCGCCCGCUUCCCGGUCACCGAGGUCGACAACGAGAACGCCUUUGUUUCCGAGGCCCUCGCGUGUCUCCGGACCUCCUCCGAGCACCAGUCUCAGACCGCGCUCGUCCGCUGCAUCGUCGGCGUUGUCGCCGCGCAUCCGCACCUUGCCGUCCUCAGCGCCUUCCCCGCCUUUGACAUUGUUGUCUCCCUCCUGCAUGACGCCGCCGCCGCCGCCACCGUCUCCGACCUCCUUGAUGGCGUCCUCGACCUCAUCCACCGCGUUCUCGCCGCUGACUCGGAGUCCAACGCCAAGGGCUUUGUCCAGGCCCAGGGCCUGCCUGCGCUCGAGGCCGUCCUUGUCAUGCUUGGCGAGCUGCCGGUCGACACCCAGGUCGCCACCUCGCUCCAGCUCGCCCUCCGCCUCGUCGCAGUUCUCGGCUCGCGCAGCGCGACAAGGACGCGCCUCUUGCUGGUACCGGGCACCGUCGCCGCCUGUGUCCGCGCUGUCGAGCGGUGGGAGGCCAUGCCGCACGCCGCAAGCGUCGCCCUCGCCGCCAUCGCCGCCCUCACCGCCGAGGACGCCCACUGUGUCCUUCUCGUGGAGCACAAGGCGCUCUUUGCCGCCCUCGCCUGCAUGGCCGAGGGCGGUGUCGUCGCACUCGACGCCGCUGGCGUCCUCCCGGCACUUGUCAACCGCAGCGACAACGGCGCCGUCGAUCUCGCCCGCCUGGUCGACAUGCACGUUGUCCGUGCCGCCGUCCGGGACGGCGCUUGCGGUCACGACGUCCUCGACGCCUUUACUGCCGACGCCCAGACCCCGCAUCGUGUGUGGAACAGCGCCAUGCGCGCCGAGGUCGCCGCCGUCUGCCGCCGCCUCCUGGCCUCGCCGCUUCCCGCCGCCGACGUCCUCGACGGUUGGGAGUCGGAAGUCCUUGCCGCCGAGCCGGUUGUUGCCGGCCUUUUUGUCGCCUACAUUGUGGGCGCCGAAGACGAGGUGCUUGACUGCGAUGACGCUGAUCUGGCGACAGUUGUCACCGGCCUCUGCGCGGCCGACGCACUUACUGUGGUGACCUGCAAGGCGCUGCACGCCCUGCUCGGCGCCGGCGGUGAGAGGGUUGCAGCCGUAGUCGAUCCGCUCGCGCUCGUUGACGCUGUAUCCUCCGCCGAUGACGAGCAUCUUGCGAGUGAGGCUGCGCGCGUUGUCGCGCGGCUUGUCUCACUCGACGCCGGCCUCGCUGCUGUCCGCACCGGCUGCGGCGAGGUUGUUACCCGCGGCCUCCUCGCGCGGGUUCUCGACGAGACGCUGCGGAUGGUGCCGACUGUUCUAGUCAUUGCCUGGACCGCUAUCGGCACCGAGCCUGGAAUGCUUGCCGAUCUGCUCGCAUGUGGCUCUGUCCUCUUCCCGCUUGCGGUGGUGGUCGAGUGCGGCCGCCGCGAGACCGACAGGGUGGUCGCCGCGUCGAUGCUGGCCAACCUGGUGAGGAGCCCAGAUCAUGGCGAAGCCGCUCGGGCCAUCCUCGCUCAGUAUCUCAUCCCGCUCCAUGUCCAGACACUUGUCACCACGCCGCACCGCCUGCCGGCCAUGCUCGAUGCCGAGCUUGUCCAGCCGAAUGCGGUGUGGAGCCGUGGCAUGGCCGCCGCCCUGGCUCGGGCGGUCCGGGUCGAGGCCGAGGAACUAGACGUCGGCUCCGGCCGCUGGCAGCCGGCCGGAGCGCAGCUGGCGAGUCACCCGGACGUUGCCGGCUAUACCCUCGUCAGCGGCAUCUACGUUGAGCUCUUUGUCGACGCGCCAAUCUUUGCCAUCGCUGACGUUAGCGGCUUUGUGAGCGGGUGCAUGGCCGCCAUGUCCGAGUCUCCAGACAAGGUGCGCGUCCUUCUAGCUGCGGUAGAGAAAGCGGUCCGCCAGAGCCGGCCGCGGGUCGAGGCCGAGUCGCUCGCUGCCUUUGUGGCGGCCUGUGUGCCCGGAGUGGACACGCCCGACGAGCUUGACGACGCCGCCUCGGGCAGCGCCCUGCGCAUCCUGGCAGCACUGUUGGCGGCCGAUCUCAACGGCGUCGUUACCUCGGGCCUCGACGUCAACCGGCUCGCUGCACUUGGCAAGCGCCAUCCGGCGAUGGAGAUCGCGGCGCUGGAGCUUGUCCAGCAGUGCGUCCAGCUCAGCGACGUGUUUGUGGACCAGGCGCUCGACGGCGGGCUCAUCGGCCUCCUGCUCAACAUCCUCGCGUCACCGUCGUCGAGCAGCGAGCUCGACCUGGCGGCAGCAGCCGUCCUCCGUGCAUGCGUUGCUGAUCCGCGCCGCGGCAGCGAAGUCGCCGCCGAGCUCGAACAGUCGCGCAAUGUUGGCAUCUGGGCGCCGUACGCUGGUUCAGCCCCGGCAGACGCACCCUCGUCGGGUGGGGAUGUGGGCGGGGUAUCGGCCGUUCCGUCGCUUGCCGCGUCGUCAUGGGCAUCGUCGCUCGACGAUGUUGGUGUUGAUGGCUACGCCGACGCUAGCGACUACCGUGACUCGUCGAUGUCGGAGAUCGACGUCGACCGGCUCGUUGCCGCGCUUGCCGGCGUCGCAGUUGAGCCAUCGGCCGGCAUGGUCGAGGAGGCACUAGGCGUUCUCGACGAGUGGGACGACGACGACGAUGACGACGAGAGCAUUGUCGAAAGAAGGGAGGUCAGCACCCAGCUCGGACGCCCUGUCGAAAGCGACGAUGAGUCUAUAGAGAGCGAGAGUGAGGUCGCCACGCCAGCGCCUGCGGUCGCUGACGCAGCUCCCGAAGCUCCGGUCGUGGCUCCGGCGGACGACGGCAGCGAUGAUGGCAGUGAGGGCAGCAGCAACGAUGUUGCAGAUUUGCUUGAGGUCGUUAGCGACGGCAGCAGCGACGAUGACCACGCACCACCGCAGGCAGCGUCCGGGGAUCUGCUAGCCCAGAUCCGGAUGGGAACCCAGCUCCGCGCGGUUGAUACCGAAGCGGUGCGGCAGGCCAGUGCCGCCGCACGCGCUGAGUCCUCGCUCUCGGGUGCCAUCCUCGCCUCAAUGGAAGGUCGGCGCAAGGUGAUGACACUCACCUCGGAGGAUCUUCGCGACGGAUGGAGCGGAGACGAGGGCUCUGACGACUGGGCGUGAACACCCCCCUCCCUGGCCGGCCGAUGAUGUCGUACCGCACCCUUAAAACAGUCGAGUUGAGUG